CAAAAACAGGCCGCGGCGGCCUUUCGAGCACCCAAAAACACCGUCCUCUUGGUGAUUGCUCGCCGAGUGGACUGUUGCGCGCGGCCAAUUGAUGCAUUCGCGCUUAAGAAGGCAGUGGUUUUCGACCCAGCACGAUCAUGCACGUGAGAAUUAGGUCGCGCCCGCUGUGUGGCCGAGGGCAAGGGCCGAUCGUAUGUCGGACACGCAGUGUGUAUGCAGGUCGGGCAACGUCUUCACGCCCAGCUCUUGCUGGUCCUUCUUUGUCUCAGCUGUUCAUCAGCCAUGCCGUCACGCUCUCUGCUGGCGGCACGUUUCUCUACUUAUGGCAGCCGGAUUUUCUACGCAAAUGGUACUCUUCCCACCGCCCGAGAUGUGAUGGGCCGAGAGAGUACAUGGACCAUGACGAGGAUCAGCCUUCUGGCAUCGGAAGACUAAGCACGUGGCCGUCAUGGUGGUCGUCGCGUGCUGUCAAGGACGAAGAUGACCAAAAGUCUGGCGAGCAGGAUCCCCCGACGCAACGGCAAGUUUAUCUAAAAGACGAGCAAAAGCAAAACGAGUCGGGACAGGGCAGCGUCAUUCCCAAACUACCUACUAUCGAAUGGGGGACCAUCGGAGACAAGAUCAGUGACCUUCUCGUGCCGGGCUGGGUCAAAAUGCUACCCGGUUUCAUGAACAAGCUCCAGAGGGAGAUGUCAAUGGCUCCGGGCUCUCUUGCCGAAGAGAUAUGGCAGGAAGCCAAUGACCCCGAGAUCAACCCCGAGAUUGUAUGGGACUGCUCGGUGCGUGUGUCCAACGACCUUUGCGAAGAGGAGAAAGCUUUUCUCCAAUGGCGAAAGAUGCACACGGUCAAAGCACUGGCUGGGUACUUGGAUAUUCCCGAAGGUAAGAUACAUCCGGACGAUGUGCCUACGAUUGCUAUGUGCGGAUCCGGUGGAGGACUGCGCGCUCUUGUUGCGGGCUCGGCAUCAUACCUGUCAUCGCGAGAAUCGGGCUUGUUCGACUGUAUCACCUACACGGCGGGCGUUAGUGGCAGCUGCUGGUUGCAGACUCUUUUCUAUUCCUCCAUUUCUCAACAGAACCACGCAAAGUUGAUUCAGCAUUUGAAGAAUCGUCUAGGAGUUCACAUUGCCUACCCUCCAGCUGCUUUCAGUCUGAUCAACAGCGCUCCUACGAACAAAUUUCUGCUCAGCGGAAUGGUUGAGAAAUUAAAAGGGGUGCCAGACGCAGAUUUUGGUAUCGUCGAUAUAUACGGUCUGCUCCUGGCUGCCCGCUUGCUGGUUCCAAAGGGCGAACUUAACGUUGAUUCGGAUGACCUGAAGAUUUCGAACCAGCGCAAGUACAUCGACCGUGGCCAGAAUCCUCUUCCCAUCUACACGGCAGUGCGUCAUGAGAUCCCGAUUGCAGAGCAGAACGAGAAGACGGCAGAAGAAGCGGAGAUCAAGGCAAGGAAGGAAUCAUGGUUCCAGUGGUUUGAGUUUACCCCUUACGAAUUCUGGUGCGAAGAACUCGCAGCAGGGAUUCCUACCUGGGCAAUUGGUCGACGCUUUGAAAAUGGUCGGAGCGUGUGGCGAGAGAACGGACUUGCUUUGCCAGAACUGCGCGUCCCCCUAUUGAUGGGCAUUUGGGGCAGUGCAUUCUGUGCAACACUUUCUCACUACUAUCGGGAAAUCAGGCCGGUCAUGAAGAGUCUCACUGGUUUUGCAGGCAUCGACCAGAUGAUUGCCGAGCGAGACGAUGACCUUGUCAAAGUGCACCCCAUUGACCCCGCAACGAUCCCAAAUUUCGCAAUAGGUAUGCGCGGUCAGCUCCCACCAUCAUGUCCCGAAAGCAUCUUCCAGUCUACCCACCUUCAACUUAUGGACGCUGGUAUGAGUAACAACCUUCCAAUCUAUCCAUUGCUUCGACCCGGUCGAGACGUUGAUAUCAUAAUCGCUUUUGAUGCAUCUGCAGACGUCAAAACGGACAAUUGGCUACGUGUUGUCGAUGGAUAUGCAAGACAAAGAGGCAUCAAAGGCUGGCCACUCGGCGCUGGGUGGCCGCCUGCUGAGGAGUCAACAGCACAGGCGACGAAGGAACUAGAUGAGGCACAGUCUAGCACUGAAGCUGAGGCACGAGCCAAAGUAGAACAGGCGGCACGUGAGGAUGCGGCGAAGAGAAGCAACAAGAAGGACCUCGGCUACUGUAAUGUGUGGGUUGGAACGACAGAUGAACGGUAUACAGACAAAGAGUCCCCCACCUCGAAGCUUGUCGAAGAUGAUUUGGAGCUCAUGAGGCCAAAUGCCGGAAUCACGGUCAUCUACUAUCCUUUCUUGCCAAACAAGAAAGUUGAGGGUGUUGACCCGAAGACGUCGGACUAUCUUUCUACGUGGAACUUCAUCUACACGCCGGAGCAAAUCGAAAAGGUGGUGUCGCUCGCACGAGCCAACUUUGACGAAGGCCGCGAACAGACCAAGCGAGCGGUUAGAGCUGUUUAUGAACGCAAGAAGGCCAUGCGGCUAGCGAGGGAGGAAGAAGAGCGUGCGAGCAGACGCCAAAGAAAAAUGCGCUCUGGCACUUUGGGCAAAAGGCUCGGAGAGGGCGAUCACGCGGACCAAUUCAGUUAGGUACUGAUCCAGCAAUUCUGGAGCAGCCUAUAAUGUUAUCUCACAAGGGAGCACCAUUGCACUUAGUAAUAUGAGUCAUGAUAUACAUACUGGUUCCAAGAAGAACAGGAUUCGCGGCGGGAUUGGAACAAUCCUGGACCGAUUUAGAUUCAGAACUGCACAUAAAAAAAGGCAUGGUCUAUCACCGUACAUAUGUCGGAGGUAUUAUGGAGACAUUGUAAGUUCGCAUAGAUGAUGUGCUUUGAAAGAAAUAAAAAACAAUUUAAGGCCCCAUGGAGGGUUUCCACAAAUCUUUC